CGAAACAGCUGGUUUGAAAGACUUGGUACACACGUCUUUUUCCGAUACAUAGUAGAGAGGGAGGAUUUGGUGGAACUGCGACCAGCGUUUUUGACAUUUUCAAUUCAACACUCCACUCGAAAGCCCUAGAAAUCCCAAUCUCAUUUCCUCACAACCUAUCUCUCACUUUUCCUCAUUUCUCGAAGAUUCGGGAUUCGAUUUUGGCCAUGGAGGCAGUUUCAACCUCCAGUAUUCUCCCCCAUGGGAAAGUCUCCGGUUUGAAUCAUCGGAGCUUUAAUCAGAAAUCGUCUAUGUCAUGCCCUCAGACCAGAUCGUUUAAGUCUGCACACUGUUAUUCAUCUGAGGGUCUCAAGGGAUCACAGCUUUUGAACUCCAUUGAGAAGAGAAAUCCAGUUGGGCAAACAUUUUCAUCUGCAGGAGCAUACACUUAUGUUGGAAGUGCUGUGGAAUCCCCUACACAUGCUGUGGAAGAAAAGGUUGGAGUGCUGCUUUUGAAUCUUGGAGGACCAGAGACACUUCAUGAUGUUCAACCAUUUUUGUUCAAUUUAUUUGCUGAUCCAGAUAUUAUUCGACUUCCAAGGCUGUUCCAGUUUCUCCAGCGACCAUUGGCUCAACUAAUUUCUGUGAUCCGUGCUCCCAAGAGUAAAGAAGGGUAUGCUGCAAUAGGAGGCGGUUCACCUUUGCGAAAAAUCACCGAUGAGCAGGCACAUGCAAUUAAAGCGGCUUUGGAAGCAAAGAACAUGCAUGUAAAUGUUUAUGUUGGCAUGCGUUACUGGUACCCAUUCACUGAGGAAGCAAUUGAGCAAAUUAAGAAAGACAAGAUUACAAGGCUUGUUGUGCUGCCACUUUAUCCUCAAUUCUCUAUUUCUACAACUGGGUCAAGCAUCCGUGUUCUUGAAAGUAUCUUCAGGGAAGAUGCAUAUCUGUCAAGGCUUCCUGUUUCUAUUAUACAAUGCUGGUAUCAACGACAAGGUUAUAUCAACUCUAUGGCUGACUUGAUUGAGGAAGAGCUGCAGAUUUUCUCUAAGCCCAAGGAGGUGAUGAUAUUCUUCAGUGCCCAUGGAGUACCCGUUAGUUAUGUUGAGGAUGCUGGAGAUCCAUACAGAGAUCAGAUGGAGGAGUGCAUCUACUUAAUCAUGCAAGAGUUGAAAGCUAGAGGAAUCAGCAAUAAGCAUACUCUCGCUUACCAGAGUCGAGUUGGUCCUGUACAAUGGCUGAAACCAUACACUGAUGAAGUUCUUGUUGAGCUUGGCCAAAAGGGUGUAAAAAGUCUCCUUGCUGUUCCAGUAAGCUUUGUAAGCGAACACAUAGAAACACUUGAAGAGAUUGACAUGGAGUAUAAGCACCUGGCUCUUGAAUCUGGAAUCGAGAACUGGGGCCGAGUCCCUGCUCUGGGUUGCACCUCUUCUUUCAUCACAGAUCUGGCAGAUGCUGUGAUAGAAGCUCUACCUGCGGCAAAGGCCAUGACAACACAGAGCACCUCUAAGGAAUUCAACAUGGAUCCUGUGAACUAUGCUAUAAAAAUGUUCUUCGGAUCAAUCUUAGCAUUUGUUUUGCUCUUGUCACCGAAAAUGAUAUCAAAGUUCAAAAACCAGCUCUUUUGAAGGAUAUUAGGACACACUAAACCAUUGCGGACUCCAUCAUACUCGACACAGGCAGCCCUUACAGAGAAUGAAAGAUGAAACAUAAGAACACAGAUUUUUUUUAUUCAAGAAUCUCAAAUAUUCUCUCUUUUUUUUUUGCUUAUACCAAAGAUGAGAUUUUUGGGAUGUAACUUGUGUCACCGGCAUAUAGUAUUGAUUUGUGAAAUCUUUGAUUCCAGUAUAUUAUCUUUA